AUGAUUGCUCAGCGCGCUGGUACCACCGCCCUUCGCCGGGUGGCCGCUGCCCCUAGCAGCGUCUUCAAGCUUGCUACUCCCCUUGCUAUGCAGACUAGAACCUUCCAAACCGACAAGCUCACCCCCGCCGACGCCUCCGCCCUUCUCGCCAAGCAACGUCUCUCCCGCCCCGUCUCUCCCCAUCUCGAGAUCUACGACCCCAAGCAGACCUGGUUCGGCGGCUCGGCGUGGCAGCGCAUCACCGGCGCCUCCUUCUCCGGCGCCCUGUACGCUUCCGCUGUCGCCUACCUGGCCGCUCCCCUCGUCGGCUGGCACCUCGAGUCCUCUUCCCUCAUUGCCGCUGCCGCUGCUCUCCCCGUCGCCGUCAAGGGCGGUCUCAAGUUCCUCGUUGCUUGGCCCUUUGUUUUCCACGCUAUCAACGGCGUGAGACAUUUGGCUUUUGAUGUCGGUGUGGGCUUUGGACGCAGCACGAUUAUCAAGACUGGUUGGUAUUUCUGGGGCGCCAGCAUUGUUGGUGGUUUGUACCUUGCUUUCUUCAUGUAA